GGCCCCGCCACGCCCGCCGAUCCCUGCUCUCCGCGGCGCCCCGCCCGCAGGCCUGGCCUCCCGGUCCCGCUGGCCUCCCGGUCCCGCCGGCUCUCGGGCCCGCCCCCGGAGACGGGGAGCGCCGCGGCGGCGGGCUGCUUCUAAUUAAUGUUCCUUGAGCCUUCACAGCCCUAGCGUCGGUGUGCGCUGUCUUCUGUAAAACCCUAUUCCAACAGCUGGGACAGCGUAUGGAGAUCCCGGACUUAAAAGCAAGUUUGUUGAAGAUGAAAGUGACCUUAUCAGCUUUGGAUACUUACGAGAGUUCUUUUACACCUUUGGUGGUCAUAGAACUUGCUCAGGAUGUCAAAGAAGAAACCAAAGAAUGGCUGAAAAACAGGAUUACCGCUAAAAAGAAAGAUGGAGGUGCUCAGUUGUUGUUUAGACCAUUGUUAAAUAAAUAUGAGAAAGAAACACUAGAAAAUCAGAAUUUAUAUCUUGUUGGUGCCUCCAAGAUUCGAUUGUUAUUGGGGGCAGAAGCAGUGGGAUUGGUGAAAGAGUGCAAUGAUAACACCAUGAGAACCUUCACAUAUGGAACCCGACAGAACUUCAAAGGUUUUGAUGAUAACAAUGAUGAUUUUCUCACAAUGGCAGAAUGUCAAUUUAUUAUCAAACAUGAACUUGAAAAUCUUAGAGCUAAAGAUGAAAAAAUGAUCCCCGGUUACCCCCAGGCAAAGUUGUAUCCAGGAAAAUCAUUAUUGAGAAGACUGCUUACGGCUCGCAUUGUGACUCAGGUGUUUCCACUGCAUGAUAAUGAAGCUCUGAAGAAACUUGAGGACACCUGGUACACUCGGUUUACUUUAAAGUAUCAGCCCAUAGACAAUAUUCGUGGCUACUUCGGGGAAACAAUUGCUCUUUACUUUGGAUUUUUGGAAUAUUUCACUUUUGCCUUAAUCCCCAUGGCUGUCAUUGGGCUACCUUACUACUUGUUUGUGUGGGAAGACUAUGACAAGUACGUGAUCUUCGCCUCGUUCAACCUGCUCUGGUCCACAGUGAUCCUGGAAGUGUGGAAGCGUGGCUGUGCCAACAUGACCUACAGAUGGGGGACACUGGUCAUGAAGAGACAGUUUGAGGAGCCCCGGCCAGGAUUUCAUGGAAUCCUGGGUAUCAAUUCCAUCACUGGCAGGGAGGAACCUCUCUAUCCCAGCUACAAGAGACAGCUGCGCAUUUACCUGGUCUCUCUGCCGUUUGUGUGCCUCUGCCUCUAUUUCUCUCUGUAUGUCAUGAUGAUUUACUUUGACAUGGAGGCCUGGGCCUUGGAUCUGCAUGAGGACAAUGGGUCUGAGUGGACCAGUGUCUUGUUGUAUGUGCCCAGCAUCAUUUAUGCCAUUGUGAUUGAGAUCAUGAACCGCCUCUAUCGCUAUGCUGCCGAGUUUUUAACUUCAUGGGAGAAUCACAGAUUGGAAUCUGCCUACCAGAAUCAUCUAAUUCUGAAAGUUUUAGUGUUCAACUUCCUAAAUUGCUUCGCCUCACUCUUCUACAUUGCCUUUGUCCUGAAAGAUAUGAAGCUUCUGCGCCAGAGCUUGGCCACUCUCCUGAUUACCUCCCAGAUCCUUAACCAAAUUGUGGAAUCUCUUCUCCCUUAUUGGCUCCAAAGGAAGCAUGGUGUGCGGGUAAAGAGGAAGGUGCAGGCUUUAAAGGCAGACAUCGAUGCUUCAUUAUAUGAACAGGUCAUCCUGGAAAAAGAAAUGGGAACUUAUUUGGGUACGUUCGAUGAUUACUUGGAGUUAUUCCUGCAGUUUGGUUAUGUGAGCCUUUUCUCCUGUGUUUACCCAUUAGCAGCUGCCUUUGCUGUGUUAAAUAACUUCACUGAAGUCAAUUCAGAUGCCUUAAAAAUGUGCAGGGUCUUCAAACGGCCAUUCUCAGAACCUUCAGCUGGUAUUGGUGUAUGGCAGUUGGCUUUCGAAACAAUGAGUGUUAUAUCUGUCGUCACUAACUGUGCUCUGAUUGGAAUGUCACCACAAGUGAAUGCAGUCUUUCCAGAGUCAAAAACGGACCUCAUUUUGAUUGUAGUAGCAGUGGAGCAUGCACUUCUGGCUUUAAAGUUCAUACUUGCAUUUGCCAUCCCUGAUAAACCACGUCACAUCCAGAUGAAACUAGCCAGAUUGGAAUUUGAAUCUUUGGAGGCACUCAAGCAGCGGCAAAUGAAGCUUGUGGCCGAGAACCUGAAAGAGGAAGCGAGGGAAGGUGGAAAGGAGAAGGCAACCUGAGCACGCGGCACUCCCAGCUGCCCUGUCCACGGAGGCCUGUGUCUGCGUGACACCUGCUGCCUGCACGUGGGCGGGAGGGUACCUUUGGUAGCAUCAUGGCGCCUGAACCCAGAUCCAAUGCUUGGCCAAAUGAAAUGGCUCCCACGUGCAGCACCCUCUCACUCUGCAGGGUCCCAGCUCAGGCAGGCAGGUCUUGGCAGUGCCCCUGUACUGCCCCUUCCAGCUUCCCUCCUGGGACGCACGUGCCACUCCAGCUACCUGACUGCCCCAGAGCCACUGCUGCCCUAGAGCCCUCUGCCACGGAUGAGCUGCCAGCUCCCUGUGUUACCCUCACUCCUGACCCGACAACAGCCCAAGGACCCAUGGACAGGAUGGUGGGUUGGGGUGCCCACCAUGCCCAUCACAGGAACCAUUCUGGAGGCAGUUCCUGCCCAGCCUCAGGUGGAGUGAAGCCACAUGUGGGCCUCUUACCUGGUUCUGUUUUGCAAUAUGUUAACAGACCCUUUAUCAACCAAACAGUGUAAUUGAGCUAUUAAAGGCACCCUGCACCUCUCUGACUCCUGCUUCCCGCA